AUGGAUUUUAUAGACUUUGAUACAUUUACCAAAGAUGCAUCUGGUUCUGAUAACGAUGUUUUUCCUCAACCACAACCUCCAUUAUCGUUACCGAUAGCUUCGAAUUUAGACCAAUUCAGCAAGAAAUUGUCAAAUCUUGUAUUACCUGGAAACAUUUUAAAUAACGAUAACACUAAACCGUCAAACGAAAUAUCUGAGGUAGAUAAUGUAAUGGAAAAAUAUGCUAAAAUGUCAAUUGAUUUAAUUAAACGAGAAACUGGAGACGUUCAACUAGAAAAUGAGGAGGAUUCUAAAGAGUCCAGUGUUCGUACUUCAUUGUCAACAAGAUUGUCUCGAGUGCUUAAUGAUUCGUUAAGUGAUGCCACUAUUCGUGAAAUUUUUAGCAAUUUGCAAGAAAGAUUUGACAAGGAAUCUAACGGAUAUGUUGUCGAUUUAAUAGAACUGGGAAUUGUUGGAUCAAUGUCAAGAAAAAAAUUUAAAGGCAGAAUCGAGAGUGAACUUAUUCGAAAUCAACUGAAUAUACUUAAACAAUAUCAGCCUAUUGUCAAACAGUUGAAACAAAUUGAGGUCAAACUCAACAAAUUAAAUGAACUUAGUGUGCAAACAAAUGACAAAAUCAAUAAGAAUUUUGAUUUUUCCAAUAAAUUAAAUCUUGAAAUUAAAGACUUGAACGAUAAUAAAAGAUUAAUCGGAUUGAAAAAAAAUUUGUUAAUAAGCUUCAAAGAAAAAUUUACGUUAAAUGAAUAUGAAGAGUUUGUAUUAAAUUCAGGUGACUUGAAUAAUGAGUUUUUCACUACUUUGGCUCGUGCUGAACGUAUAAAUGAAAAUUGUUCAAUAUUAUUGUCUUUAGACAAUCCUCAAUUGGGAUUGAAAAUAAUUGCCAAAAGUAAUCAAAUGAUUAACAGAUCUAUUGACAGAAUUGUGAGCUAUACUAAUAAAACUUUGGGAAACAUGUAUUCAUUGAGUUCAAAAUCAAGAUUGGCAACUUUACACCAAUGCUUCAAAUACUUACAGAAUAAAUUGAAUUAUUUCAACUCUAUCGUGAAUACAUUCAGUGAAUCGAGAUCAAAAGUAUUGGUAGAUGAAUUCAAUAGACAAGUACAAGGUGAUUUUGAGGUUAAUGGACAGGGAAGAUCAAGCUCAAUAUCCAGCGAUUCAAGACCAAUUUAUAUGUCAGCACACGAUCCAGUGCGAUUUGUUGGAGAUCUAUUGGCUUAUGUUCAUUCAGUAUCUGUGAAUGAAUCCGAAACAAUAACAAGUAUAUUUACCAUGGGUGAUGAUAAUGAUAAGGAAUUUGAGAAUAUUAUACAAGAUGUAACUGACAAAAUAUUGCAAUCAUUAUCUCGUCCAAUAAAAGCUCGUGUCGAACAGAUUGUUUCUACUGAGACUAAAUUAUCUACACUUGUACAAAUAUUCAACCUUGUUGAAUUAUAUAAUAUUAUGUUUACUAAACAGUUGGGGAAAGCGGGAAAUAUUGUUGAAACUGUUAAGCAAUUGAUAAAAGUGUGUCAGGGUCGGAUAUUUAUGAUUAUAUCGAAUAGAUUGGCAACUAUUAAAAACAAAAAUCUGACCAAAUUGGAUUUGAAUUUAGAUUUACAACCACCGGAAUGGAUUAUCGAAUUUUAUUCUGACAUAUUACCUAUUGUUGACCAGAUAACGACGGAAACAAUACUAAACUUGUCUCCUGAAGAAAACGAAAAGUUUUUAAACUUGAUUGUCAACGAACCAAUUCAAGUAUUUAACGAACAUGUUGAUCAUAACAAAGUAUUUUCUGAAAAGAAAGAUGUUUUGAUUAUUAAAUCGAAUUUCCUUGAUUUGAUAUUAUCUAAAACCAUACCAGUUUCCCUACUUUCAGAAAAAGUAUUAGAAGUAAAUGAGAUGAUAGACAAGUUGACAGAAGAAAUAACUCAAUUAGAACUAAAUAAUAUGUUAGGCCAAUGUGGUCUUUACGACUACUUUAACAUUAUCAACAUGAUAUGUCCAUUUUCAGACGAUUUUUUUGAAGUGUCUAUUUACGAACCAAUUAAAGAAAACAAGUUGUACACAAAAGAUAGUUUUGUCCAAGUUGAUGAAAAAGUACAAGAGUUUUUCCCUAGUGCUAUGAUUGAAAUGCAACAAUCCCUUUUGAAAUUGAAUUCACCAAUUGUUGUGAAUCAAAUUAUAGAUAAUUCAUUCAUGCAAUUUGUAAAAUUCUAUUGCAAAUUGGAUUUGAUCAACAAAGAGUAUUUGGACUUUUCCUUUACAUGGUCUGACAUGGAGAUUGCAACUUUAGUUGGUAUUGAAGAUGUAUAUUCGAAAGAUAUAUCAAUUAUGUAG